AUGGCUUUGGCUAUGAACUCGAUUGGCGUCAUGCUUUCCUUCGAUGAUCAACUUAGCUCUGCCAAGCCCAUCUUCGGGACCACCACAGCCCUGCAUACGGUCCUGGGGCGAAGGAGGCUGCCAGCCCCUGGAUCAAGUGAAACCACAGCAGACACAAUCACCGACUCUGAUGGUGUUUAUGGGCUUGCUAGGCGUGUUCUUUUUUUAUGGUAUGAGGCUAUCGGUCCCGAGAUGAGGGGCAAUGAAUCAAAAGUCGCACCAAUAAAGACCCAUGUACAACCACGACCGCCGCCCUUUGCAAGAGACCUGGAGGUCGUUAGCCCUGCGCCCAGCUACAGCCAUGUCAAUGCCCAAGUACCACCUAGGCAUGUCUAUUCCUCAUACCGCGAGAGCGCAUCAAAGUCGCUAUUGGGUGUUCACGAGGCUGCUGCAAACUACUCGGCAAGGGUGGACAAAAGGAGGCCAGUGCCAUUGGGCAUGCGGCCCGUGGUGUUUGAUGCGGUAUUUUUGCUGCCUAGCAUCCUCAUAGGCAGCGCUAUCGUGGGAGGAGUAAUAUAUCGUGGGAGGAGUAAUAUAUCGUGGGAGGAGUAA